AAGAAAGAUUAUCUGCAACACAUCUUCCAGCUAUUGCUGAACAAGUUCUCAAAAGAAAACAACAAUUCAAUGUUCAAAUUGAAGAUCGAAAAGUAACAGUCGAUAUAAAUCAAACAUGGAGAAGAGUUUAUGAUUUAUUUCCAUCAUCAAAUUUUUCAUGGCCAGUUCAAUUACUUUGUGAUUCACAAAUAUAUCAUGAAAGAAGAAGAGUUGUUCUUAGUUCAAUUAUUAAAGUGUCAAAUCGAACACAAAUGCCAUUAUUUGUAUUAGAUCCUGAUUUAGUUGAAACAAAUAAAUUUAAGUGUAUUGCAAAAAUCGAUCUUAAUCAAGAAUAUUAUCUUCCUAUUGAACUUCUUUAUUUAAGAAUUACUCCAAGACUUUAUUUUGCUGUUCAACAAGAUGAUUAUAAUGAUAAAAUCAAUGAUUUCAUAUCAUUUGAUUGGGCUAAUGAAUCAACAACUGAUCGAAUUUUAAGAUUAAAUAAUGGAACAAAUGGUCAUUUUGUUGUAUACAAAGAAGAAAUCGAAGCAUAUUCAGAAAAUACAGAUGAACCAAUACGAAAAUCAUUUAAUAUAUAUGUUAAAUUGGCUCUUCAUUUAUUAAAUUUGUUACCAAUUCCAAUUGAAUGUUCAAUUGAUGUUUGA